CCAUAUUAGACACAUCCGACCUUGAAGGGGGGGAUGUCUGGUCACAUGCGGUCCGGGGAUGCGGAGGCUCGGCGGCCGCUGCUGCUCGGCGGAAGAAGUCACCUGGAGCCGGACGAGCUGGACUCAGACGAAGGUGAAAUCAUCUUUGACAGAAGCAGGCCAGACUUGAAACAUGAAGCCGGGGGAAGUGCAGAGAGAAAAUUAACAUUUGAAGAAGCAAUGGAGGAAUCCGGUUUUGGUUUGUUUCACUGGCUGCUGUUGGUGGUUUGUGGUUGGGCCAACGCCAGCGACGCGGUGGAGAUUCUCUGCGUGUCUUUCCUCCUGCCCACGGCACGCUGUGAUCUGCAGCUGACCUCCUCAGACAUGGGCCUGCUGACUGCCAGCAUUUUCCUGGGAAUGAUGGUGGGUGGCUACAUGUGGGGGUACUUGGCUGACCAGAGGGGGCGUCGCCGGGUCUUGGUUGUAUCCCUGACAGUUAAUGGGGUGUUUGGAGGUCUGGCCUGUGUGGCCCCGUGGUUCUGGCUCCUGCUGCUGCUGCGGAUCAUCAGUGGCGUAGGGGUGGGCGGGUCAAUCCCUGUUAUCUUCUCGUACUUCUCAGAGUUCAUGCCCCGGCGGCGGAGAGGAGCAAUGAUCAGCAGUCUGGCCACUUUCUGGAUGGCAGGAAACAUCCUGGCUGCAGGUCUGGCCUGGCUGGUGAUUCCCAGUACCUGGGCCCAUUUUUCUCUGGGGACAAUGGACUUCCAGAGCUGGAGACUGUUUGUGCUGCUUUGCUCCAUUCCCAGUCUCACCUCAGCCCUAGUAUUCAGGCAGGUCAUGCCAGAAAGCCCUAAGUUCCUCAUGGAGGCUGGUCGAGAGAAAGAAGCAAUCCAUGUUUUCAGAUUGAUGUUUAAGCUGAACAUGAGGGGAAAAGGAAAAUCUUUCCCGGAAUUUGGUUUGUGUUUAAGCUCCAGGCACAGAGAGGUGGAGGAGACCAGAGCUCGGGGUUCAUAUCGAGAGCGACUCUCAUUUAUUUUGAAAAAGGCCCUGUCGCCCAUUAAACAAAUGUUUAAUGGCUCCCUCAAAUCAAGGAGCAUCACUCUGCUCAUCAUCUUCUACUGCAUCGCCUUUGGUUACUAUGGGCUGUGGAUGUGGUUCCCAGAGUUGUUUGCGAGAAUUGAGGAUGGCGGUUCGCCUUGUGCCAACAUGUCCCUCUCAUCUCCUCUUCACAACCAAAGCUGCUACCCGGUCAAGACAGCGGUGUAUAUGGAGGGCUUUAUCAUCGCUGCAUCAAACCUGCCUGGCAACAUCUUCACCAUCCUAGUGAUGGACAGCACUGGAGGAAAGUCACUGCUGUGCUGCAGCUUGGUGGUGUCCAGUCUGAGCGUCUUCCUCAUCUACGUGGUCCAAACCAAAGUCCAGAGUCUGAUCCUCUCCUGUGUCUUCAGUGGCGUGUCCGUCAUAGCCUGGAACGCCCUCGACGUGGUGGGAACAGAGCUCUACCCGACACAGCUACGGUCCUCGGCUCUCGGCUUCUUCACAGGGGCGGCCCGCGUGGCAGCGAUCAUGGGUAAUAUGGUCUUUGGGACAUUUGUUGACACGAACUGUGCCGUGCCGGUGCUGCUGGUCUCUGCUCUGCUGCUGACUGGAGGACUGGUGGCUCUGCUGCUGCCACAAACCAAACAGACUGAGCUCACCUGAGGCCGACAUUUUAUAUCAACAAGCGAUCAUAAGAAAGGGGACUGGGGGAUUAAUGAUGUGCACUUUGUCACCUCUCUUUGCCUUUUUAAGCUUUUUAGGUGCCUUAUCUAGAAUACCACGAAAAAGCAGCAGCAGGCGCUCUUGAGUGAGAAGGACAAGAAAGGCAGUUGUAUUACAAUCUACAUUGUAACAUUGUAAGAAUGAUAAUCCUAACCAGAUGGGAACUCUCAGGAAUACUUGAAUGAAAGAAAAAAUGUCCCCCAAUGUUUUUGCAACCUUGACAUGAAAAGUUUCUUCAAGGAUGUUUCAGAAUUUUUGUGGUGCGUUUGAGGAUUUGGUUGAUCAAUGGUUUUAGGUGCAAUCUUAGAUUCCUAGAUGUGUCUGAAAUGUCUUUAAAAAAAGAAACAUUCCACAUCUUCCAGGCUCACUGACCUGCACAUUCAUUCUAAUACAGAGGUGUCACUCUUCCCUGAACACAGUGGACCAAACUGUUAAUCAUUUAGCAAUAAACCAAAGAUUGCAAGUUCCAGGACCAAAAUAAGUACAAAUGAGCCUGCGUGGUCUUGUUGACAAUCAUCUCAAAGUUCACUGUUUUAAAUUACUACUGAAGCUUAAUUAAAUAAACCUACUUUCAUUUCA